GACGUUCACAUUCACCUGCGUCUGCGACGACUCCCCAGUCAUACUUGGUAUACCGAACAAGCCGCUUCGAUUUUCAAACGCGUUUCGAAUCCUCUUUCGUUUUUUUUUUGAAGUGCGUGUUGCCAGUUCCACAGUUUUGAAAUAUACUAGACACAAACCGCAAAAUGUCGACGCAACAGUGCCGGGCGGGUCUCUUCGUACUCGUAGCGAGUUUAGCAGUGGUGUCGUGCGCGCAAGUUGAAGACCCUUGUAAGACUAAAUCAAGAGUGGUCGCCGACGACAAAUACUGCGACAAGUACUGGGAGUGUGACGGUGGUCAACCGGUGCAGUAUGACUGUCCCAACGGGCUGGUCUUCGCUGGCAAACACCGAGGCGUGACAGAGGGGUGCGAUUACCCUUGGAGAUCGAACUACUGCGAAUAUCCUAAAGCGCAAAUAAAUCCACCAAUUGGCACUGAGCACUGCGACUGGCUGUACGGUAUCUUCGGACAUGAAACCUCUUGCACCAGAUACUGGACGUGUUGGAACGGAACUGCCACUGAACAACUGUGUAUCGGCGGUUUGCUUUACAACGAGAAUGCUCACUCUUGCGAUUGGCCGGAGAACGUUGAUGGUUGCCAGAAACAUCCCCUUUGCAACGAGGAUCCCAACGGCAACGUGCCGCUAGGCAAGUCCUGCAACCGCUACUGGCAGUGCCAGGGCGGGUACCCGCGUCUGCAGCGCUGCCCCGCCAUGCUGGUGUUCGACAGACGGUCGCUGAGAUGUGUGGUACCACCCACUGAGGACUGCGAUGUGCCUACCACCACCACGCAAGCGCCGGAGGAGGAGGAUCCGAGACAGGGACAACAACCAUCAAAGAGGCCGAACAACAACGAGUAUCAAGAAGGUCAAGGUCGUCAAAGACAGAGGAAUUAGGGACAUUUCCUAAAUGUCCAUAGUUUAUAAGUGUUUCGAAUGGGCAUAAAAAAAUUCUUUUACCAAAACCAAUGGACAUAAUAUAUAUCACUUAUGAUGUGAUCAAUAACCUAUUUGUAACCUAUCAUUUAGUUUAGCAACAAGCAAGUUAUCAACUAUUUGUAAUAUAAAAUUUAUACUUACGAUCUACAGGACCUUCAAAAUUUACGUAUCGAGAUUAGGAUCAUUUGUAGCUUUACCUUUAGUAUGCAGUUACGCCGAUCUGUUUCCAAGUCAUUGUCAUGUCUUUUACCUAAACUUUCUUAAUUUUUUUUUAAUAUUACACGUUCUUUGUUAAUAAUUACGACGAUGCUGACUAUUCGACAGAUUUAUUUAAAUAGGUUAUUGAAAACGGCGAGCCACACAGCUACGUUUAAUUAAAAAAUACCUGAAUCAUCUAUAAUUAUUUUCUCUCUCUUCAUUUAAGUUUAAUCAAAAAUGCGAACCCUUUACGAGUUUUGUUCAUAAAAACGGCAAAAAUGCAAAUACAAUUUUAUUUAUUUUACGUACGCUUUCAUAAUUAGCACGAACAGAUAGAAAUACACCUAUUUUUAAUAAAAGUUUUUUGUUUCAUUAUUUUUUGGUAAUUUACCUAUUAAUUGAAAGUCACUUCUUCUAGUUUGACGGGCCCCUAAUUAUUAUUAGUUAAAGCAUCGUAGGUACUUCCCAACCAUUGACGUGCACUUCAUAGAUCCAAAAAUGCGUUGCCUACCUUGAAGACACAUUGCGAACCACAUUCGGAGAAGGAAUUUUCCAUUUUGUAUAUUUUGUUGUAUAAGUGCUUACCCUAAAAGCUUUGAGCACGCCACUGCUAACCUUGAACCAAAACAAUCCAAACUCUAUAGUUGCCUACCAGACUUUCAGCUUCUAUAAAAUCACGAAGAUCUAGCUGUCAUAGGCUCCCCAUCUUUUUGUUAGUAGGUACCUAUAGAUAGUCUAAAGAGCUUAAUUAAAAACCUGAAAUUCUUUCAUGAAAAACAUAACUAAUUAACAAAAGUCUUAAUUGAAAAUGUACACCUAAGUAGUCAUCUGGCAUCGCUUUUUAAUGGAAUACCGAAUUCAUUAGCUCCCACUUCUUUCAUUCGAUUUUUAAUUAUCGCCGGCCAUUUUUUAUUAAUUUACGAGAUUAUAUUUUAAAAGUCCAUUUCUCUGAAUCGCCUUUAAUUAGUAGUAUUUAUACUUUUUUAAUUAGUCAUACCUACUUGUAGACUGUAUAAGAUUAUUUUAACUUGGCAAGUCAACACAGACACAUUGUAGGUAGAAUUUUCAAAAUACAACUGUGAACAUGAUACAACAUUCUUCUUGUUCUGAGGGCCUAGUGGCAGUUUGAUACUCUUACUAUCGCGUUAACGUAAACGCGAAAUUCUAAGGAAUUGAAACAGCGCCAUCUAGUGGCACUACUGCACAACUGUUUCAAUUCCAUAUAAAUUUGCGUUUACGUCAACACGAUAGUAACAGUAUGAAAAUAUUGAAAACUCUCCUAGGCACACUGUUUAAAAAUGGUUGUGGUCGUUUCAUUUUCUUCCAGUUAAAAUUAAAUUAAGUUUAGAGAAAUAAAAUGUCAAAGUUUGUAAUGACAUGAAUGCGUUGCUAUAGUUAUGCAACACCCAAAAAUGAGUUUCUGCGUAUAGUUCCACUUACAGGCCACGACUUAUGCCGUAUUUUUAUUUGUCUGGUAUGUCGUGUCGUGACGCAUCAGAACAGAAUCGGUAUCAUACUUACAUUUUGUAUGCGGCACAUCAGAAGUCAUCACGACAUGUGUGAAGCCGGAUUUAUAUUUGUCUGACGUGUCGUGUCGUGACGCAUCAGAACUGAAUCGGUAUCAUACAUUUUGUAUGCAACACAUGAGAAGCCAUCACGACAUGUCACAACACAUGUGUAAAGGCGGAUUUAUAUUUGUCUGACGUGUCGUGUCGUGACGCAUCAGAACAGAAUCGGUAUCAUACAUUUUGUAUGCGUCACAUCAGAAGCCAUCACAAAUAUAAAUCCGGCUUUAUACUUGGAUAGUUUUGAAAACCGAUUCUGUUCUAAUGCGUCACGACACGACACGUCAGACAAAUAUAAAUCCGGCUUUAUACUUGUAUAGUUUUGAAACGAAUGGAAGUGCAUCUCCACGAUGAUUGCAGACACUAUAGAAGUACAGUGUGUGUUGACGUGCCAAGCUAGAAUACCUAGUCUAGAUAAAGUAAACUUUAUGUCUGUCAAAGAAAUACUCAUUUUAAGGUAAUAUACCUGAGUUGUCAAUUUUAUUAGAUUAGUCAAGUUAGUGUAAGAUUGUACUGUGCUAAUGUUAAGAUAAUAAACAUAAAUAUUUCCAAAA